UUAAAAUUUUUUUUUAAUGUUAUUCUGUUUUCCUUUUUUUUUUUUUUUUUUUUUUUUUUUUAUUUGGUAGAGAUGAAAGUGAAAUUCAGUGGAAAGUGCUACUCAAUAUAUACGGCUAGGUCAGAGAAUGCUGCGAGUCUACGACGUUGGCGACCACGUGAAGUUGAAGUUGCCGAUAACCUUCUGAGUCUACGAGCUAUAUAACAAGAAACUGUGACUGUCAAUUCAAGUUUUGGAAGUUGAGAGGGGUAGAAAGACCAGAGAUGGCCGAAAUGUCUACUGUAAGUCAUGUUCUGGUCAUUCCUUACCCUAUACAUGGUCACAUAACCCCAAUGGUUCAACUCUCAAAGCGUUUAGCCUCAAGAGGAGUUGGGGUGACAGUCAUUACCCCAACAUCAACUAGUGCAUGCAUACAGGUAAGUUCAAGCCUAAUCAGGGUUGAGUCUAUCCCCGAUGGUGUGAAACCAGAUUCUGGCUUUGAUGCCAUUUCUGACUGGCUCAAGGACUUAGUCUCCAAUAACUUGGCUGAGAUCAUGUCUAAAGUCACCGGUUCUGGGUGUUUGUUGACCACCGUGGUAUACGACUCAAUCAUGCCAUGGGUGGCUGACUUAGUGCACCAGCUAGGCCUGAGAGCAGCUGCAUUUAACAGCCAAUCAUGUGCUGUUUUCGCAGUAUACCAUCAUACUGAUCAGGAGAACUUGACUGCUCCAACUGAAGGAUCAACCGUGUCACUGCCUUCAAUGCCACCAUUGGGGUUGAAUGAUCUCCCAUCUUUUGUUCGCAAUAAGAGCUCCUAUUCUUCCCUACUGCGGUUCGUUUUGAGCAGAAAUUUGAAUACGCAGAAAGCAGACUGGCUCUUGUUCAACACUUUCGAUGAAUUGGAAAAGGAGGUACUGGAGUGGAUGGCUAGCCAAUUUCCACUCAAAGUCAUUGCUAUCGGGCCACUACUUCCAUCAAUGUACCUAGACAAGCGAGUAAGAGACGAUGAUAACUAUGGCCUGAGUCUUUUCAAGCCAAACAAUAAUGACUGCAUGGAGUGGCUCGACUCCCAGGAAACUGGUUCAGUUGUGUAUGUAUCUUUCGGGAGCUUAGCCAACUUGAAGGACGAGCAAAUGUGUGAAGUUGCGCAGGGCUUGAUCCAAAGCAAAUGCAAAUUCCUAUGGGUGGUCCGGUCCUCUGAGCAGAGCAAACUCCCAAGCAAUUUCUGGCCUGACAAAUCAGGAGCGGGCAUAAUCACAAACUGGUGUCCACAGCUAGAUGUCUUGUCCCACCAGGCUGUGGGGUGCUUCAUUACUCACUGUGGGUGGAACUCAACGUUGGAGGCACUGAGCCUCGGAGUCCCUGUGGUGGCCAUGCCGCAGUGGACUGACCAGCCCACCAACGCAAAGUAUCUAGUUGAUGUUUGGGACGUAGGGAUCCGGGUUAUGGCUGGCGAAAAUGGAAUGGUCACUAGAGAAGAAGUAGAGAGGUGUUUGGUAGAAGUGAUGAAGGGGGAGAGAGGGGUUAUGCUCAAAGAGAAUGCUGCCAAGUGGAAGCAAUUGGCUAAAGAAGCUGUUGAUGAAGGUGGAAGCUCCGACAAGAACAUUAAGGAGUUUGUGUCUGCUAUUUCUUCUUCUAUGUAACAACACCAAUCAAUGUGCUGCUGGACUUACAGUACGUAGAUUUAUAAAUUGGCAUAAGAGAUCAAUGUAUUCACCAUAUCCAUAUAAUUGUAUUACUCCAAAUUUUACGCCAA